UCACCCAAACCUCAAUUUCACAUGUUCCCAAAGUCAACAAUCAUAUUGUACGACGAUUCAUAUAAUAUAAUCUUAUUUUCUUUCCAUUAGAAACAAUAAAGACAUUUUAAAUUUCAUCCAUCUUUCGAGAAGAAGAAGAAGAAACAUAGAAAUGGAAGGGGAAGUUCACAAUUUCAUUGUUGUAUGGACUAUUGUUUUGGCAAGUGUAUGUUAUUCUCACACCAUAGCCAAAUUUAUUCCCAAUGGCAAAUCAAGAUUUGUGGCUAUUAUUCCAAUAGUUUGUCUAUUUUUUAAACUUCCUCUUUAUCUCACCUCCAUUAAUCUUGGUGGUACAACUUCUUUCUUCAUUGCAUGGCUAGCCAAUUUUAAACUUCUUCUUUUUGCUUUUGGUAAAGGCCCUUUGUCAUCAACCCCACCUCUACCACUUUCAACCUUCAUUCCAUUGGCUUGUUUGCCUAUAAAGUUACAAAAAUACUCAACUUUUGAUGUUGAAGCUAAAAAAAGGGCCACAAAUUCAAUUUUGGGUCUUGUUAUAAAGAUUGCACUUCUAGCCAUUUUGAUAAGGGUGUACACCUAUAAAGACUAUUUACAUCCAAAAAUCAUUCCCUUCUUCUAUUGCCUACACAUUUACUUCAUGUUAGAGAUAAUAUUGAACAUCGUUAGCGCCACCGUUCGAGGGGUGACUCGAGUUGAGCUCGAGCCACCCUCCGACGAGCCUUACAAGACCAGCUCGCUUCAGGAUUUCUGGAGCAACAGGUGGAACCUCAUGGUAACCAACAUACUCCGUCCAACCGUCUACAACCCCGUCCGUUCGGUAAUGGCUGACCGAAUAUCGAGGAAGUGGGCCCCACUUCCAGCUGUCCUCGCGACAUUUUUCGUCUCGGGGCUAAUGCAUGAGCUGAUUUUCUACUACAUGGGAAGAUUGAAGCCUAGUGGUGAAGCCAUGAUGUUCUUUCUCAUUCAUGGAGUGGCUUUGAGUCUUGAAAUUGUUAUAAAAAAAAAUUUAAAUGGCAAAUUUUUUGUUCCUAGAAUUAUUUCUGGUCCAUUAGCACUAGGAUUUAUAAUUUUCACAAGCUUUUGGCUAUUUUUUCCACCUUUUUUGAGGGGUAAUACUGAGCUUAAAGCAUGUACUGAAUCUAUUGCUUUCUUAGAAUUUAUUAGGUCUGGUAAAUUAAUUAGUCCAACCAAUUUCACAUGUCCACUUCUAUAAAAAAAAAUAUUUACUCAUGGUGGACUAAUUAAGAUUGUAUGAAUUAUGAUC